AUGGACAAGGCGACGGAAGACCCCGCCCUUCCUGAGGUUGAGAAGAUGGAGAACCCGGCAAACACGAUGACGACCUACGCCAACAUUAUGGCUAAGAACAAACCGAACCCCCGAGGCCCCGGCUACAUCAAAUUGUAUGUCCUCGCCUCGGUCGUUUUCUUGUGUUCGACCAUGAACGGAUUUGACAGUUCUUUGAUGGGCUCCAUCAACGCGCUACCUAACUACACCGACUAUUUCGGCCUACCCGAGAAUGGCAAUGCUAGUACUGGUAUCGUGUUUGCCAUCUUCCAGAUCGGUCAAAUGUGUGGGGCGCUGUUCAUCUGGAUGACCGACUGGUACGGACGAACCUGGCACAUCUUCUUCGGCUGUCUUGGUGUGUGCAUCGGUACCAUCGUAACGUCUCUGUCGACAACACUCCCCAUGUUCAUCGCGGGGAGGUUUCUCCUGUCUUUCUUUGCCACAUGUGCGCAUACUGCAGCUCCUUUGUACCUAGUCGAGCUCGCGCCGGCAGCGUACCGCGGAACGAUUGCAGGAAUGUACAAUACCUUCUACAAUGUUGGCUCUGUGUUUGCGACUUCAUCAGUGUAUGCUUGUCACAAAUAUCUCGCCCACAAAGGUGAUAUUGACUGGAGGCUUCCACUUUGGCUUCAAAUGGUCUGCCCAGGGUUGGUUGUUCUUCUGAUUAAAUUUUACCCAGAAUCUCCCAGAUGGCUGGUUGCUAAAGGCCGCCACGACGAAGCCAAGACUAUUCUUGCUAAAUAUCACACGAACGGCGAUAUUGACCACCCGCUUGUUGCCCUCGAAAUGACAGAGAUGGUAUCUGCUGUUGAUACAGAGCACGAAGCUUCUUGGAAAGAUCUGUUUGACCUUCGUGUUCUUGUUGAGUCCCGGUCCAGUCGCUACCGACUGAUGCUCAAUGUCGCUUUCUCUUGGUUUGGCCAAUUCAGUGGGAACAACAUUGUCUCAUAUUAUCUCCCCAUCAUGCUCAACGGCAUCGGCAUCACCGAUACUGAUACCAAGCUGAUUCUCAACAUCGUGUACGCUGUCGUUGGCUGGACUGCUUCCAUCGUGGGCUCCCGACUUCACGAUGUUGUCGGUCGUCGCAAGAUGCUCAUUACCGCCACAGCUGGUAUGACGGUAUGCCUUGCAAUUGUCGCAGGCUGUGCGGCGGGAUACACAAAAUACGGAAAUAAGCCCGCCUCAACCGUCAGCAUUGUCUUCAUCUUCAUGUUUGGUGCCAUUUUUGCCUGCGGCUUUACUCCGAUGCAGCCCAUCUACCCUGCUGAAGUCGUGAGCAACAAAAUGCGAGCAAAGGCCAUGGGCACCUUCAAAUUGACCGCAGGGGCAGCUGGGUUUCUCAACACGUUUGUUGGCCCAAUCGCUCUCUCUAGUAUCGGGUACUGGUUUUAUGUUUUCUUUGUGUUCUGGGACACCUUUGAAAUGACAUUCAUUGCUCUGGACAAGGCCACGGAAACGCUUCGACGUCAAGCCGGUGUUCUGCAACUACUCUUUCCCAAUCACGGGCUUGAUGAAUUGGUGGACAAAAAUCGAGCUGAUCUCAUCCAGCUCAUAUCGCCAAAACCAACACGGGACCAAGUCAACGAAGAGAGAACAUUACAAUCACCCGACCCACUGCCCACGACCGGAUCAUCUGGGAUCUCAGGGGAUAUUGAAGAUGUACCAAGCUCGCCCGAGGACUUGAGCAUCGGGGAGUCAGGCGAGGAGGAGAGGCAUUGGCAUGAGUCUGCUCAGGAUCCCGCGACCAUCGCAGCCAGCGAUGACAUCAACGCCCUCAGCCUCGCUGGUGACCGACAUCGGCGCUCAUAUCUAGGAAUUUCAUCUGUGAGCGCAGUGCUGAAAUCUUUGUUUCGCCUUUGUCCAACUGCGAAGGACCUUGCUGUUGAACAAUCCCAGACCUGGCCCGGCGCUCCGCAAGAUGAGACUCGACCGCUUGUACUGAACCAUACGCCUGGUGCCCUCGCGGCACCCGAUUCUCUGCGCGAGCAACGCUAUAUCGGCUUCUACUUUGAACACAUUCAUGCUAUUACACCUCUAGUCGAUGAGGAAUCGUUUAGGAGCACUUUCGCCACUGGUGACGGACAAAGCCCGGCGUGGCUUGGUCUCUGCAAUAUGGUCCUCACCCUAGGCUCCAUUGCCUCGGGAAGCGACACUGCCCAUAUCCACUACUACAACCGAGCUCGCUCGUACCUCGAUCUCGACUCGCUUGGUUCCGGGAACCUGGAGAGCCUGCAGGCGCUGUGCUUACUCGGCGGAUACUACCUCCAUUAUCGCAACUCGCCUAACAUGGCAUAUGCAAUCUUGGGUGCUGCGCAGCGCUUAGCUAUCGCCUUGGGUUUGCACAGAGAGUCUCCGAUCCGUACGGACCACAAAGACUCCGAAGCAGGCCAACGUUAUGUGGCUCGGAUCGAGACUCGACGGCGAACAUGGUGGAGCCUUUACUGUCUCGAUACAUGGGCUAGCAUGACCUUGGGUCGCCCAACUUGUGGACGAUGGGAUACCAAUACCAUGAACACGUUGCCACCGACGCUUCUGGGGCCCGAUGAUCACUGUGCAGUAUCUCUCAGAGAGAGCUCACGGAUGUGCCAUAUCUGCAACCGUCUUCAGGACCGAUUUGCUCAAUCUACACGAAUCGAUAGCCACGAAGCACAGGCCUUGGAUUCCGAACUGCAGAGCUGGUACGACUCGCUACCCGCCAUACUCAAGGACACAACCGAUGUCCCUCCUCGCAUCACCGUCGCACGUGAGUUCUUGCGUAACAGAUAUUAUAGUGUUCGCAUGAUCCUAUCUCGAUGCUUUCUUCUGUAUCGCGCCCAUGAAGAUAUGAAAAGACACACUCCUAACCUGGCAGAGAGCCAAAUGGUUGACCUGUGCAGAGCUGUUGCAGCAGAAGCCAUCGAUGCUAUUGCACUUCAUUGGGUCCCGAACCGAAUCCAAGUCUGGAACUCGGCUUGGUACCUGUUUCAGGCAUGCUUGGUUCCCCUCCUCUCCAUCGCCAUGGAAACAUUAUCCAACUCUGCAGACUCUGAACCGGAAACUGUCAUGGCCUGGCGCACAAUGUUGAACAAAGCCUUGGAAGUUUUUGUGGACAUGAAGCCGUGGAUGCGGGCUUCUGACCGCACUCCGGAUAUCGUGGCUGUCCUAUUCCAGGCUGUGUCGCAGGGUGCUGAGGGAACCAUUCGGACGCCAUCGGUGACUGACGCAGGAGCACAUGUUUUUGGAUGGGCCGACGAACAGUGGACAGAGAUGGAUUGGAGUUUGUUUCUUGGGGACGAGGAUAUUUCUCACAAUCUGUUUUCCUUUACUUAA